CCUCUCCACGUCAGCCUCGGAGGCCUCCUCGCGAUUUCCGGAAAUAUGUAUUGUUGGGCAUGCGACUCGGACCUAACCGCACCAUGAAAGCACAGAGGCAUCUAAAGCGCGCUAUGACUAAGCCCAUUAGGGUCGGCGCGACUGAAGCGGCGCCAGCGCGAGGACGCGAAGACCUCGAGUGUGGCGAAACCCGUGUACGCGUAGGAAGAGCCCAAAAGCCGAAUGGCGGCGUUCCAGUCAAGCGUCAACCAGACCGAGAAGCUAUGGAAAACGACGCCGCGUCCCCCGAGGUGUUGUCACAUCAUAGUCCUAGGUACAUGCAUAGGUGUAGUAGUGGAUAACUGUCCUUGUCCUAGGUAGAGGUAUGGCCUAAGCUUCUGACCUGUUAGUGGUCAUGUCACCCAGUAACUCACCCACCACCAUGUAACCUAUAAAUAUGACAUUUACUC